UCGCCGGGCUGCGCCGCCUGAGCCGGGACGCGCCUCCGCGCUCCUCGCCGCCUCCACCCCCGCGGCCGCCGCCCACCUCGCUGUCCACGGGCACACCAUGACGAAGAAAGACAAGAAGUCCUUGAACCAGAGCCUGGCCGAGUGGAAGCUGUUCCUCUAUAACCCGACCACCGGAGAGUUCCUGGGGCGCACCGCCAAGAGCUGGGGUUUGAUCUUGCUCUUCUACCUUGUCUUCUAUGGGUUCUUGGCUGCGCUCUUCUCAUUCACAAUGUGGGCCAUGCUUCAGACUCUGAAUGAUGAGGUCCCAAAAUAUCGUGACCAGAUUCCCACUCCAGGACUUAUGGUUUUUCCAAAACCAGUGACUGCGUUGGAAUAUUCGUUCAGUUUGUCUGAUUCAAGUUCCUAUGAAGGAUACAUUAGAGAUCUUGAUGAUUUUCUAAGGCCAUACGAUUUGGAAGAGCAGAAGAAUCUCACGGCCUGUACCGAUGGAGAACUUUUUGUACAGGAGGGCCCUGCUUAUAGGGCGUGUCAGUUUCCUCGUCAUUUACUUGAAGAGUGCAGCGGCCAGAAUGAUGCUAACUAUGGCUAUUCCGGAGGCAACCCUUGUGUCCUUGUGAAAAUGAACAGAAUAAUUGGAUUAAAGCCUCAAGGACACCCAAGGAUAAAGUGUACUCCAAAGGAUGAACAAGUGGCACUUGUAAGAGCUUAUCCUUCCCAAGGAUUUAUAGACUUGAAGUAUUUUCCAUAUUAUGGAAAAAAGCUGCAUGUGGGGUAUCGACAGCCAGUGGUUGCUGUUCAGGCAGUCUUUAACCCUAACAAUACCAGGAAAGAAGCAACAUUUGACUGCAUAAUUGACGGAUCACCCAACCUAAAAAACAAGGAUGAUCGUGACAAGUUUUUGGGACGAGUUACGUUCAAAAUCACAGUGAAUGCAUAGUAUGAGUAGGAUAUCUCUACAGAGUAAAUGUUGUGUUGUCUGUCUUCAUUUUGUAUCAGCUGGACCUGCCAUUCUAGAAUGACGAGACCACCUUGGAGAAAGGUGGGUGGUACGUGACACUGGGGUAACACCGUAAUGUGCUUCCAGAUCACAGUGCUCAGUGUCCUCCGAAGCAACUGCCUGUUGCCUCUGCUGCCCUUUGACCCAGCGUGCAGACGCCAUUUUGGGGACUGGUAAAUACCUGCUUGAGACCAUGUACAAUGGGGGUCGUGACCUGUUUUUAUGUGGUUUAAUUGCCAAGUGUCUAAAGCUUAAUGUGCUGUGCUAUGUAAAUAUUUUAUGGAUUUAACACUGGUUAACUGUCAUAUUUUGAUGCCAACACAAUUUUAGGGAUAAAACGAUAAAGGAAUAUGGUACCCGACCAACAAGUGACUUGAUAACUGCGACAAAUGUGGUGUGUGGAGACCUUUCGAGUGUGUGUGUGAGAAGGAAAAAAGAAAAUAAAAGUGGAUUUGAAAGUGUUA